AUGGUCUUCGCCUCCGCCCUCGUUUCGCUCCUCCUCGCCGCCGCCGCCCUCGCGGUUCCGCGCCCCGCGGCGGCGAACCAGAUCUCCAACGCGACCUCGCACGUGGCAUUCAGCACGAACUGGGCGGGUGCCAGUCUCGAGAGUCCCUCGGGCACGUACACCUCCGUCACCGGCACCUUCACCGUCCCUACCCCUAAGUCCCCCGGUGGCUCGGGCAGCUUCGCUGCCUCGGCGUGGGUCGGCAUUGACGGCGACACCUGCUCAAGCGCGAUCAUGCAGACCGGCAUCGACUUCAACAUCGACAACGGCGUUGUCUCCUAUGAUGGGCAUUUUCUGCCCUGGUACGAGUACUACCCCGCGUUUGCCAGCGACUUCUCCGGCUUCUCCGUCAGCGCUGGUGACGUGAUCACUCUCGUUGCGACCAAGUCCUCCACGACCUCCGGCAGCGUCUCGAUCACCAACGAGUCCACCCGCAGACCGUGUCCAAGCGCUCACCGCAGCGCACCGCUCUGUGGCCAAAACGCGGAGUGGAUCGUUGAGGACUUUGAGGAGGGCCACUCUCGCGUCGGGUGGAACCGUCGGACCGAGUGGCGCGCAGCUGCUCGACUCGAGCAGAACAGCGUCCUCACCUCCGUUAGCGCGACCACGAGCUCUGUGACUGUUAAAUACGUUUGA